AUGGAGGGCCUCGGUAUUGGCAUGCUGCGCUGCAAGAUGCAAGGGUGUAGCGAAAUCCAGGUUCGGCGUGUCAGACUCCGCACCGACCAACAACAGCUGGCGAAUGAUGGAGACAUCGCCUGCGGCAGCAGCAUAGGCCAUGGCUGUCGAACCGAAAGAAUUUCGGGCCGACAUAUUCAAAGUGUAGCUCGAAAGCGCAUGAGCCGCCGGCGCAUUGCCGCAUCUGACAGCCUCGAUCAAUGGUGUGGCGCCGUCAUUGUCUAUGGCAUCUGCGUUGGCGCCGAAGCUGAGAAGAAGCUUAACAAUGUCGGCGCUGGCUUCCUGAGCUGCAAAGUGGAGGGGCCUGGCGCCGUGCUCGUCGGAAAUGUCUUUGUCUGCUUUUCCUUCCAGGAGACGUUGGCAAAUUUUAUAGUUGCCAGCUCUAACGGCGCAAUGCAACGGCGACAUAUCGUCGUCCCAUUUUUCGUCUGGGUUGAAGCCCGCAUUUAG